AUGGAUCUGGUUAAAAAAAUUGCUGCUCUGGAGAAAGAAAAUCAAGCAUUGAAAGAUGCUCGUUUGUGUAAAGUUUGCGUCGAAGAACAAGCAUCAGUUACAUUUCUACCAUGUGGACAUCUAGCAACUUGCCAUAACUGUUCACAGGCUUUCACAAAAUGUAUAAUUUGCCGAAGUGAAAUUAGAGAUGUAACUCGUACAUUUUUGGCGUAA